AUGCUUACUUUCAGGAUAUCCCAAGGCCAAGCGGCAACCACGACUCCUUCUGUUAACAGGGGUCCGGAACUAUCAGUCUGCUGUCGGGACGGGCGGGCAGAUUAUUGGAAAGGACCGGAAGUGCAUGGUUGUUGUGGUAACGGCGAGAGAGCGAUGAGGCAGGACUUUGGUGUGGCGGAUGCGGGGACGGAGCUGGUUUUAGCGACAUCAGGUGAUGAGAAACAUCCGCCGAAGAACAUUAUCGAUGGUAAUACAGAAACGUUUUGGAUUACAACAGGAAUGUUCCCACAAGAAUUCAUCAUACGUUUUCCCGAGGUUGUCCAAAUAAAUUGUGUAAAAAUCCACUGUUACAAUGUCCGCAGGCUUAGUAUCGAGAAAAGUUCAGAAAAGGAUCCUGUGGACUUUGAACCUUUAGCUAAAAGUGAACUUGAACAUGCUGAGGAACAGCUUCAAUUAGAAGAAUUUGCUCUGGAUGGAACAAGGGCAACACAUCUACGAUUUGUUAUUAAAUCAGCUUUUGACCAUUUUGUAUCAGUACACAAGGUGACAGUAGAAGGUACAGAGGAAGUCACUUAAGUCCAAAGAACACAACUGUUAACUUUGUAAAGGGGAAAGAUUGAAUUGUGAAGUCCAGGUUUGUUAAGAAUGUAAAUACCUUCUACUGUAUUUUAAUUGUUAAUUGCUUAUUCUUCUGAAUAAACUUAUUGCCUUUAUUGGUCAAUCUGAA